UUUCUAACUCUCUCCCUCUCUCUUCCUCUCUGUAAAAAAUCAAUAAAAUAUAUAUAUUUUUUAAAAAGUGGGAGGGGGUGUUGCUCAAAGUGCUGGGAGGUGAGUGAAGCAGGGACAGGGGAGAUACAGUCAAGGAGGGGAUAAGGAUGGUGUUUGUGUCCCAAGGGUGGGGCGGCACUUGAGGGCCUGGGAACCCUUUGUGAGUCCAUCACAGGGUGUAGCCCUUCCCCCAGCAACAGUGACUCACAAAGCAGGUUGGUGCGGAUGCCACAGCGAGGGGAACCCCAGAACAGCUCCGAGCGGUGCUAGCCCUUGCAGUGCCCGCUGGGCCGGGCCGGGGUCUCCCAGCACACCCCCUCCCCCCCGGAAACCGCAUUAGGGUUCCCGCAGAGCAGCCUCGACGCCCAUGUGUGUCGUCUGCUUCGUGAAGGCGCUGGUGCACGUGUUCAAGAUCUACCUGACUGCCAACUACACCUACAACUUCCGCGGCUGGCCGGUGGACUUCCGCUGGGAUGACGUGGGCGCCGGCGCGGGCGGCAGCAGCCACUGCGCGCUCACGUGCACGGCGGCCGCGGCGGGCGUGUGGCUGCUGCAGGACGCCGCGCUGGGCGGGGGCGCGCCCGCGAGGCCGCUGCACGCGGCGCGCAGCCAGCUGCAGUGCCUUCUGCAGCAGAUCCGGGAGCUGCCCGGCCAGCUGGCCAGCUACGUGCUGGCCCACUCGCUGGGCCGCUGGCUCGUGUACCCCGGCUCCAUGUUCCUGAUGACCCGAGCGCUGCUGCCGCUGCUGCAGCAGGGCCAGGAACGCCUGGUGGAGCGCUACCACGGCCGGCGAGCCAAGCUGGUGGCCCGAGACGGCAACGAGAUCGACACCAUGUUCAUGGAUCGCCGCCAACACCCGGGCAGCCAGGGCCGCGGCCUGCGCCUGGUUAUCUGCUGUGAAGGCAACGCCGGCUUCUAUGAGAUGGGCUGCCUGUCGGCGCCGCUGGAGGCUGGCUACUCGGUGCUGGGCUGGAACCACCCGGGCUUCGGGGGCAGCACCGGUGAGCCGUUCCCUCAGCACGAUGCCAACGCUAUGGACGUGGUGAUCAAGUACGCCCUGCACCGUCUGCGCUUCCCGCCCGCGCACGUGGUGAUCUAUGGCUGGUCCAUUGGCGGCUUCACAGCCACCUGGGCCACCAUGACGUACCCGGAACUGGGUGCGCUGGUGCUGGAUGCCACCUUCGACGACCUCGUGCCUCUGGCCCUGAAGGUCAUGCCCCAGAGCUGGAAGGGACUGGUGGUGCGCACCGUGCGCGAACACUUCAACCUCAAUGUCGCGGAGCAGCUGUGCAGCUACCCCGGGCCGGUGUUGCUGCUUCGGCGAACUCUGGACGACGUGGUCAGCACCUCGGGCCACCUGCGCCCCCUGCCGUCCGGCGACGUGGAGGGCAACCGCGGUAACGAGCUGCUCCUGCGCCUGCUGCAGCACCGCUACCCGAAGGUGAUGGCAAGUGAGGGCCAGGCCAUCGUGACCCGCUGGCUGCGCGCCGCUAGCCUGGCACAGGAAGCUGCUUUCUAUGCGCGCUACCACGUGGAUGACGACUGGUGCCUGGCAUUGCUACGCUCCUAUCGCGCUCACUUCAAGGACAAGCAGGAGGACGAGGAGGUCUGGGGACCGCAUGGGCUCGCCUUCCCGUGGCUAGUGGGCCAGGACCUGAGCUCGCGUAGGCGCCGGCAACUUGCGCUGUUCCUGGCGCGCAAACACCUCAAGAACCUGGAAGCGACUCACUGCAGUCCGCUAGAACCUGAGGACUUCCAGUUGCCCUGGAGACUGUAGCCUGAGCCCCCGAGGCAGCUAGCGUUUGUGCUUUUGCUGAUCUUCAGGGCCUCAGAGCCAUUGCCCUCCCCACACCCCAACCAGUAAAGCUGGCCUGCCCUAGGCACCCAACCUAGUUUGUGGGAGAGGGUAAGACAUUCCCAGCCCCCUCUCUCUUCCUCCCUCAAACACUGUGGAUGUCUGGGUCUGCUCCCAGUUCCUAAAGGGAAUGCAAAAAUUACCCUGACCCGAUUAAUAGCGAUGCUGUGUGAUGGGUGCCUUGAACACCUCAAAAUGAUGGUGGGAAAACGGGCUGUUGGGCCUUCGGAGGUGCUGUUGACCCACCCUGGGUUACAGGUGGCUCAGGGAAGAUGAUGGUGAAGGGUCUGAACAGGUUGCCCCUAGCUGGGAAAGGACAUUGGCAUCUAAACGCAGGUCUUAGCAGCCAGACCUUUCCUGGACUGUGAUGCUGCUCCAUGGGGUCCUAUCCCUACCUCCACUGCUGGCUUCUACGAGAGGGGUUCAGUGGGACCCCAGACUCAAAGUAGCAGGUGCACACCAUGUGGCUUGUAGCUGCUGGCCAAGGUGGCUGUGGGCCCACAGCCUACAGGCCCACGGGCCCAUGCUCCACCCCUCCCCGGGUU